AGUGAGUUGAUGCGUCACUUUAACGCUGAUAUCUCAAAGUAUCGCUACUGUAGUUUUGAAUUAAAACAAAUCAGUCAGCUGAGAAAAGGCAUGAAGUUCUUUCCCACUUUUUCAAACACAGGCCUAGCAGUCGUGUAUUUGGCGGCAUUUCUCUGCCCAGUCACUCGUUCAUGUUGUUUCCAGUCAGCGUGUUCAACGGACCCCUGCAAGUCACAACGAAAAGUGAUCUAUCAUCAAACCAUGACUCCAUCUUGGCUGGAGGCGCAUGCGUCCUACAUUGACAGCUCGCGUUCGCUGACUGCUGCACAGCUCACAUUCAACGCAAGCUCUACCGCGGACUCCUCCGCUCUCCUCAAGGUUCGCAUGAUUCCUGCUGGUGUGCUUAAAGAUUCAACACCGCUAACUGUUGAGAUCACGGUCGCACAUGACGUCAGCAUAGGACAGUCGUCUGACAGCGAUACUCUAUAUGGCGUAUCAGACGGUAUCAGAAUGAUCGGGUUUGAAACAACUGACAAGAAUAACUAUGGUAAGCGUUCUCCAUGCUACGGAAUAGAAGGUACUUCUGGUCCCACCUUACGGUCUAUUCGUCGCGAAUCCCUUACACCGAAACCCUCCGACUCUUUCUACCCCGGCCAGUUCAUCAUCACCCUCAAGUUGGAUGAACGCUGGGGAUCAUGCUACACUGCGCAUGACGGAGGCUUUGUGAGGACCGCUGGCUACAACAACCGACUGAUGCCCAGUAAGGGACUCUCUCUGGAGUUGUACAAAGAUGACAAGGAAGAAAAGGUUGGGAUCAGGUUUAUCAAAGUCUCCCUCAUAGAAGAUGAUGCAUAGAAGAAAGAGCAGUCACAAAGAAUGAAACCGAAAUCAACAGAUUCACUUGGUAAACUGCGGUUGGAAGAAUGAUAAUUAUGCAUAAUAAAAAAAAUAUAUAAGGGGAAAAUUGUAAGGUAGCUUUGAUUAAUAAAUCAAAAUUGAAAAAUGGUA